CUGUGAACGUUACUCAUGGCAGUGUGUUGCUGAGCAGCAGCCAGUCGUGUUUUUCCCCUCGCCAAGCUCACUCUCUCUCUCUCAUCCUCUGCUCUGACUGUCUUGCACGCUCUCUUUGGCUCGGUGGACAGACGAGACUCUUCUGCUCCUCUUUUCUUAUUGUCUGUUAUUUCAUUCCUCUUCUUUUAUCUGUUGCUUUUUUUCCCCCAUUUCUCCCUCUUUCUUCUCUAAGCCCUGUGCCAGGAGCAUUAGUGGGGGUCCCGGAGUGUGUGUUUGAGAGUGUGUGUGUGUGUGUGAGUGUGUGUGUGUGUGUGUGCUGGGGGGGGGUUUGGCAUGGAAGCAGUGGCACUGUAUACGUUUCGUGCCACUGAGGGCGAUGAACUCAGUUUCAACAAAGGAGACUUGCUUAAGAUCACCAACAUGGAGGAUGAUCCGAACUGGUACACAGCUGAGCUCCACAGCAGAAAAGGCUUUGUGCCAAAAAACUACAUCAACCUGCGGCCACAUGCCUGGUUUGCCGGUCGUAUAUCUCGCGGGGUGGCAGAAAGUCGACUCAGACACAGGGAGUGUGGAGCUUUUUUGGUCAGAGAGAGUGAGAGCGCUCCUGGGGAGUUUUCCAUGUCUGUCAGUUAUGGGGACCAUGUUCAGCACUUCAAGGUGCUGCAGGAUCGGUGUGCUCAGUACUACGUGUGGGAUGAGCUCUUCUCCUCGCUGAAUGAGCUGGUGGAGUUCUACCAUAGCAACAGCAUUGCCAAGGAGAGGACUGUCUUUCUGAGGGACCCCGAGCACUUUGCCAGGCGUCCUCACCAUGCCCACGCUCUCUUCGACUUCACCGGUCACCACCCCUCCCAGUUACGCUUCCUGCGUGGUGAUGUCAUUGAACUAAUUGACUGCUCUGAUUCGCAGCGAUGGAGGGGCCGUUGCCAUGGACGCGUAGGCUCCUUCCCCCCGGAGUAUGUCCAGCCCAUUUACCAACAAUGACCUGACAUGUCAAUCAAACACACAACCCGCAGCCUCAUCAGUGAGCUGUCUUGACCCCGCCUCCCUCACACUGCUCCCCUGCUCUUCACUUGCCUGUUUUUUGGGGGUUUUCUUAGUUUUUUUUGGAGUGGACGUCUGACGAGCUGCCACUGAACUGCUCAUUAUGUGACUGACUGCUCCCAUUUUACCUGUGAAGCCACCUGUCAAUCACAAGCCUUGCCCAAUCAGCUGCUACAGGCUCAUUCAUCGCUUCUACCUGAUUCCACAACUGCACUCUUCAAACAUGUAAAAAUAAAUAUUCCAGAUAUGGACCUAUACACUGUGGAGAACUCAUAUACACAUACACACACAUACACACACACACACACACACACACACACACACACACACACACACACACACACACACACAUACAGACACACACAGACAGACAAACACUCCCAGGCAUAAUCAUUUAUUACAGCUUAUCAGGACUGGUGCAGACUAAAUAAAGGCACCACUCACACACCAACCUGAUGGAAAAUAGUGUGUGGCCCACGGGAGCUUGGAUUUUCUCCGCUGUGGAUGAGUCAGGAUUUGCUCCAGUAUUUUACCGCCGUUCCAAUGAGGAGAUCUGGUCAGUUGAGCUGAGAAACACAGAGAGAGUCAUUGUGUGAAUAUUUGGGCCAGACACUCAGAGUAUACUGACACGGCAGAUUCCUCUCUCUCUCUCUCUCUGGGCUGGUGUGGGUGUGUGUGUUUGUGUUUAAGUGUGCGUGGAGGGGUUCGUGUGUAAAAUGUGAGUCUGAGUUGAAUGUGUUGUGUGCUAAUGAGAAAGUGAAUGCAUGGGUGUAUGAGUUUGGUGGGGU